GGGGCACCUCGGAACCUUGUUGACGGGGGCCUACAGCAACAGGAUAGCACAUAUUAAAGCCAUCGUCGGAGCUGAGGUAAAGAUCGUUGGAUUCUUCUUGAGCCAUGGCGUUGACAUCCUUUGCUGUGAUACUGUCUGUCACCAUGAUCCAUCAACUUUCAGCCAUGAGCUUGAUGAUUCCCCAAAGUGAUACACCACCAACAUCACCCUCAGACUCUUACCCCGUGGGUGACCUGAGUCACGCUUCCCUUCAGAGUAAGGAAUACCUGGGUCACUCUUCCGCAACGUCGGCAGGCGCAACGUCCAAUCCGACACGGGCAGCGCCUGAGGUCAAGCAGAGCGAGUCGACCGCCACGGUGAUUUCGCCGGGACUGCUCACCACGGCGUUGGGCUCCUCGUCUGCGGGCGGCCACGCCGGCUUGAGGAGCCGCGUGUCCUUCGUUCCCAUAGAAGAGGAGACGACCACCACUCUAAUCACCACCACCACUAUAACCACAAUGCACAUGCCAGUUCAGUGCAACGCAUCCUUGUCCGCGAUGGAGGAUAUUGUGGAGUCACCAGAUUCUGCAUCAUCAUCAUCUGCUUCCCCGCUGGAAUGCACCUACAGCAUUACAGUGUAUGCAGGCUAUGGUGUGGAGAUUCAGGUGAGGAAGGUGAAUCUGUCCAAGGAGGAAUCCCUGACCAUUAUGGGCCACGGGGAUUCGGCACCAAAGCUAUUAGCUAAUGAGACGCUAAUGAGGGAGGGGCAGGUGAUUCGCAGCACGACCAAUCAGGUGCACAUCCACUACCGCAGUCGCCAGUCCAACAACCACGGCAAAUUCAUCCUGCACUAUCAAGCUUUCGUGCUGUCCUGCACCUUCCCGCAUUCCCCCGAAAGCGGCGGGGUGACCGUGACCGACAUCCAUCCCGGGGGUCAGGCGCACUUCCAUUGCGAUCCGGGUUUCCAAGUCCGCGGUCACGAGGUGGCCACUUGCGUCAACACCACACGACCACGCUGGAGCACGCCGGAACCUCAGUGUGUGGCUGUGUCUUGCGGGGGCUGGAUCCGUAAUGCAACAGUGGGUCGGAUUCUGUCGCCACCUCCUCCGUCCGUCGCCAACCACAGUAACGGAAACAACUUGAGCUGCCACUGGUUGCUCGAGGCCAAAGAGGGCCACAGGCUCCACCUGCAUUUUGAGAGGAUCGCGUUGGAUGAAGAUGACGAUAAGUUAAUUGUGCGCAGCGGAAACAGUUCGCUGUCGCCGCCUCUCUUCGACUCCGAUAUGGAUGACGUGCCGGAGCACGGACUGCUGAGCGAGGGCACGUCUUUGUACUUGGAGCUCACGGCCGAUUCGUCCUCUAUCCCUCUACUUCUGGCACUGCGAUAUGAGGCUUUUGAUGAUGAGCAUUGCUGGGAGCCUUACAUGCCCCAUGGAAACUUCAGCAGCAGUGACAUCACUUACCAGUUGGGCACCACGGUUACCUUUAGCUGCUCGCCGGGUUUUGUCAUGGAACAGGGGUCAGCCACUAUUGAGUGUGUGGACCCCAGCAACCCCCACUGGAAUGACAGUGAGCCUGUGUGCAAAGCUCUGUGUGGAGGGGAACUGACUGAGGCCUCAGGUACCAUCCUAUCUCCCGAUUGGCCUCAGAGCUACUCCAAGGGCCUGGAUUGUUUAUGGCAGAUCCACGGCAAUGAAGAGAAGCGCAUUGAACUGGACAUCCAUAUCUUAAAUAUUCGCCACACUGACGUGCUGACCGUUUUUGACGGGCGCGAUCUCAUGUCCCAUGCCAUCGGCCAGUACCUGGGUUCCAAAGAGCGCUUCCAAGUUGUAUCCGGGGGGUCGGAGGUCACUAUUCAGUUUCAAAGUGAUCCGGAAGACUCCAGUUUCAUCUUGAGUCAGGGAUUCCUCAUUCAUUAUCGCGAGGUCGAGCCAAACGAUACCUGCCCCGCUCUCCCGCAAAUCGAGUUUGGGUGGAUCAGCUCGUCCCAUUCCUCCCCGGUGAGAGGAAGCGUGCUGACCUAUCAGUGUCAACCGGGAUAUGACAUCAAUGGCUCUGACAUCAUCACCUGUCAGUGGGACCUUUCCUGGAGCAGCAGCCCACCCAUCUGUGUCAAAGUCCAGCAGUGUCCCGACCCGGGAGAGGUGGUAAACGGAGCGCGCUCAGUGCGCCCUGAAGCCGGUUUUGCAGUCGGAACCGUUGUGCGUUUCUCCUGUAACCAAGGUUACCAACUGGAAGGCCCCAACCAAAUCUCCUGUCACGGACGAGACACCGGUACCCCGAAAUGGAGUGACCACAGCCCAAAGUGUGUCUUAAAAUACGACCCGUGCCCAAAUCCCGGCGUCCCGGACAAUGGCUACCAAACACUGUACAAGCACAGCUACCAGGCAGGAGAAACCUUGCGUUUCUUCUGUUAUGAAGGCUAUGAGCUCAUCGGGGAGGUUAUUAUCACCUGUGUGCCCGGACACCCGUCUCAGUGGAACAGCCCGCCGCCCUUUUGUAAAGUGGCCUAUGAGGAACUUCUGGAUGAUCACAAAUUAGAGGUGUCGCAAUCGUUUGAGCCCUCCCAUCAGAUUCUGAGUGAGAACAUCGCUCUUGCCAUAAUUCUGCCCAUCAUCCUGGUCAUCCUACUGAUUGGAGGAAUUUACAUGUACUAUACAAACAUCUGCAGACUAGAAUGGAAGCCGCUCUUCUGGAAGUCUCUUUCUCACACACACUCUUACAGUCCCAUCACAGUCGAGUCGGAUUUCAACAACCCUCUUUAUGAGGCUGGGGAUACACGGGAGUAUGAAGUUUCCAUUUGAAGGUAUCUUGGUGAGAUGUAAAAAGCAAUUCAAUUGUUUUGGAGGAGAAAAUGUUUAUUACUAUGACACCAUGAAAUCCCCUUUUGGUUCAUUUGUCAUCUUUUUAUUAUAUUAGCACCAUGUGUUUAUUUUCUUAAUUGUGGAAGUCCUACUUUGAUUGGUGGGUGGAAUUGAGCUCAGUCAGUGUUGCAUUGGGACUUGUGCCUUACAAUGGUUAACAAAUUCACAAGGGCAGUCUUGUUGAUUGAUUUAGUUCAAUUAUAGUGAGGCCAAAAUCUUGCAAUAUAAACAAUGCGCAAAUUUGACACUCUUGACCAAACACUUGAAUGUUUCGUGCUUAUUUCUUUGCGGCAAAGGUCGCAAACACGAUGUGUUGAUUCACCGUUUUCUCUCUUUCUCACGCCGUCUCUGUGUCAAAUAUACACAAACACAAUGAAUGUAAAUAUACGACUUGAUUUUGGCUGAGAUUGAUAUAUAUACAGUGCUAAAUUAAAGAUCUAUACAUAUAAACCUCAUACGUAUUUACACUUCUAAAUAGUGAUGGGAGGUUGUAUAUUUUCAUUAAUUAGAUAAUGAAAAUUCAGUGCCAAAAUAAAAUGUAAAAUAAUGUCCUGAAGUGUUUUCAUCUGUUGUUGAAGUAGUGUUUCCAAAGGCAGUGUUUUGUUUUUAUGCUUUGCUGUUUCUGCCAAAACAGCCAGUGUCUCAUCACAACAUAUCGUACAUGGGAAGGUGAGGACAUGAAUGUCAUUAUGCUUAUAGCAUGCACUGAUUGUAAAUUAUUGCUUCUGCUCAAUCUUGCCAUUCUCAUUCUAGUUAUUGACAUAUCAGAUUUGAUGUCGUAUGCACUAUGUUGAUAGAAAAUGACAACCCUGGCUGUUUGCUGUAAUGCAUUAUGUAUUUAUUGAAAAGGGAUUGUUUGGCUCAUUCCCUGUGCCAAAUGGGAGCAGUUGGAGACUGUGGCGUGGUAGACGUAAUUAUUAUCAGUAGCAUUUCUUUGCUUCAUAUAUGAGUACAUUCUUUUGAACGCAGUAAUUUAAUUGCUGAGUUGGAAAUAAAGUCUCUGUUGA